CAAAGAGCGACAGAAAUAGGGCGUAGAGCGAGUGCACUAUGGGUGAGGGCCACACGUGCAGAUUGCACAAUAGACUUCUGACGUCACUCGCCGAUUCCAACAUGGCGAUCCGCUGCUGGAAGCACGUGUUACCGGGGCUGCGCGCCUCUCUAUUUGUUCGACUGCACGCUGAAGUCGGCCCCGUCGGGAAGAAGAGGCCUAUGCCUUUACUAUCAUGCUGGACAAGAAACUACCUCUCGGAGGCCUACCAACUCCGGCAAGAAUGGGAAGCUCGUCUUCGAUCUCCUAUCAUCCAAAAGAUUCAAAUGGAGGAUUUCUUCUUCAGCCUGGAUGGAAAGUUCAAGUCAAGUGGGAAGAUUAAUGCAGUUGAUCUGGAUCUGUUUGCAGUGAAGGCAGAGGGAGGGGAGCAGCUAGAAGAGCUUGAAGAUCUGCUGCAUCGAUUUCGCCGAACCCCUCAGACCAUCUACAUGCUUCCUUCAACACAGUAUUCUGUUGUCCGCACCUUCCUUGAACACAAUCAGACAGAGGCACUCAUGCGAAUCUUGUCAGAUCGUAUCAACUAUGGUGUCUUCCCUGAUCAUCAUGCUCUCAACCUUAUCAUGGACCAUUGCCUCCUCAACUCCAAUACAAGAGAUGCUGCAAGGACAGCAUGUCUACUGAUGCUUCAAGAAGACUAUGAAAACAAGAUUUCUUGCUAUUUGGGUCUGAUGUCCUGCCUGAAGUACAUCAAGAGCCCAAACCCAGAACCUUGGGAUCCAGAAUUACAGGCACAUGCAGAAGAGGAAUCUAAAGAGGAUGAAGAUGAGGUGAAGGUGCGAGUCCCAUUCUUGGCAAGACCCUACUUUGAUGAUCAUUUUGAUCUGCGGGAGUGGAAACCGAUGGUGGGGAAGACUCUGGCAUGGGUCAGUGGGAACCUGGAACUUGAUGCCAAUGACCCACUGAUGUCCAGUUGUCAACUCCUUGGCCAUGCACUUUGGGGGAAGUGGGAUAUUGUCAGCAGUCUCUCCUCACUGCAGUCUUACACCUUCACUCAUGAUGCAGUGGAGGAGAUGAAGAAGCUCAGAGGGGAAGAUGAAGGCAUAAGUGUGAAAGGCCAUAUCGAAGAGAAGAGUUUGCAGAAGCUCGUGGAGGAGCGGCUCAGAGCCGCCAUCGCAGAACGAGGCCCGGUGGACAUGAAGACCUGGAGGGAGAACCUGGAGACGUGGGAAGCGAUUCGACGGCGGGAGCUGACACGACAGCUGGCAGAAGUGGAGAUCCGCCAGCGACUGGACAAAGUGGAGAAGGCCAAGAAAGAACUCGUGCGAAAGGAACGAGAGGCGUUCUUUUACGAGAGAGAGGAGCAGCUGGAGGCAGAGCUGGAGAGACGCAUCCCCCGCCGACGUGGCCCUGCUCCGCCGCACAUUGCAAAGAUCAUCGAGAGGAUGAAGAGGAGGAAAUCCCUUCGACAGACGGAUGAUUACACUCCUCCCACUAUUUGAUCUCAUAGUAUACUCU